GCCUGACAACAGCAGCGGAAAGCACAGCGGCAGGAGGGAAUGGGGAGAGAGGGGCACUGCACCGUUUAACGACAGACCCUUCAACACACAACGCGACCAAUAAAACGAUUCACCACCGGAUUUCUGUAAGGACUACAUUAGGAUUUCUAAAGGAAUUCUCAAAAAAAUAUUUGAGAGUAUUGAUCGAUUUUUAUCUCAGACUGUGACACCGGGCCCCUCCACCAUCUGCAGCAUUACGCAGAGUAACUCGAGGGCAGAAAAAAUGAGCUGAUGUUAAGAGCGCUGAUAAUGACGCCCAGAAAAAGUGUGGUCCAGUCACGUAGCAAAGUGGUGAACGUACACGCUUGAGCUUAGGGAGGACAUGAUGCAAUGAUAUAAACACUGGAUGACUGGAGGUCCCCUGCUUAUCAGUGUCUAAGCAUGGCUGGCCUACAGCUGGUGACCCCUGCCUCCUCACCCAUGGGGCCUUUCUUUGGUCUCCCAUGGCAACAGGAAGCGAUCCAUGACAACAUAUAUACACCAAGGAAAUAUCAGGUUGAACUUCUUGAAGCAGCUCUUGAACACAAUACUAUAGUCUGCUUAAACACUGGCUCAGGGAAGACCUUUAUCGCAGUGCUCCUAAUAAAGGAACUCUCCCAUCAAAUCCGUGGAGAAGAUGGGAGGAGAACCAUUUUCCUGGUGAACGCAGCAUCAUCUGUGGUUCAGCAAGCAUCUACUGUCCGAACCCACUCCGAUCUCCAGGUAGGCGACUACAUGUCUGAAGAAAUGACAUCGUGGCCUGAGGAGAUGUGGAACAGAGAGCUGAUAGAGAAUCAGGUGCUGGUGAUGACGUGUCACAUCUUCCUGCAUGUGCUAAGGAAAGGAGUCUUGCCACUAUCAAAAAUCAACCUACUGAUUUUUGACGAAUGCCACCUCGCAAUCACAGACCAUCCUUAUCUGGAAAUAAUGAAGGUUUGUGAGGGUUGCCCAGGCUGUCCCCGGAUUCUGGGUCUGACCGCUUCCAUUUUAAAUGGCAAGUGUGACCCCUGUGACCUGGAGGAAAAGAUUCAGAACCUGGAAAAGAUCCUACAGAGCAAUGCAGAAACCGCCACUGAUCUUGUGGUGUUGGACAGGUAUGCGUCUCAGCCUCGUGAAGUGGUGCUAGACUGUGGGCGGUACCAGGAUGACAGUGGUCUCACUGAGAGGCUUCUGAGAGAGCUGGACGAAGCCCUACAUUUUCUUAACGACUGCAACUUAACUGCUCAUCGGGAAGACCGAGAUCCCACAUUCAUCUCCAAACAGGUGCUGAGUGACUGCCGAGCCGUGUUAACAGUGCUGGGCCCGUGGUGUGCCGAUAAAGCUGCCGGGAUCAUGGUCCGCGAGCUGCAGAAAUACAUCAAACACGAACAGGAGGAGCUUAAUCGCAAAUUCCUACUGUUCACGGACACCAUUCUGAGAAAAAUCCACGCCUUGUGUGAGGAGCAUUUCUCGCCAGCUUCCCUGGACCUGAAGUUUGUCACUCCAAAAGUCAUCAAACUUUUGGAUAUCCUCCACGAGUACAAGCCUUUCGAACGGCAGCAGUUCGAGAGCGUGGAGUGGUAUAACAAUCGCAAUCAGGACAAUUACGUUUCUUGGAGCGAUUCUGAGGAUGAUGAUGAGGAUGAGGAGGCAGAGGCGAAGGAGAAGCCCGAGGCUAAUUUUCCCUCGCCGUUCACCAACAUCCUCUGUGGAAUCAUCUUUGUGGAAAGGAGAUAUACAGCGGUUGUUUUAAACAGACUUAUUAAGGAGGCAGGCAAGCAGGACUCCGAGUUGGCAUACAUCAGUAGCAACUUCAUCACAGGUCACAGUAUUGGCAAGAACCAACCCCGCAACAAACAAAUGGAGGUGGAGUUCAGAAAACAAGAAGAGGUCCUGAGAAAGUUCAGAGCCCAUGAAACCAACUUGCUCAUCGCAACCAGCAUUGUGGAGGAAGGCGUUGAUAUUCCGAAGUGCAAUUUGGUCGUUCGGUUUGAUCUGCCGACGGAGUACCGAUCGUAUGUGCAAUCCAAAGGCCGCGCUCGCGCUCCAGUCUCCAAUUACAUCAUGCUGGCUGACAGCGAACGGACAAAAUCAUUCCAAGAGGACCUCAAGACCUACAAGGCCAUAGAGAAGAUCCUUAGAAACAAGUGUUCAAAAUCAGCAGAAUGCAGUGAUUUUGAAUUGGAGUCGGAGAACGAUGAUGACAACGUUCUCCCGCCUUACGUCCUGCGGUCGGAGGAUGGCGGCCCCCGCGUUACAAUUAACACUGCUAUUGGUCACAUCAACAGAUACUGUGCGCGAUUGCCCAGUGACCCGUUUACUCACCUUGCUCCAAAGUGUAAAACCAGGGAGCUGAAGACUGGAGGUUAUCAGUCCACACUCUUCCUUCCCAUCAACUCUCCACUUCGAGUUCCUGUCCUUGGUCCAACAAUGAGCUGUGCAAGACUUGCAGAGAAAGCCGUCGCUCUUCUCUGUUGUGAAAAGCUGCACAAAAUUGGUGAGCUGGAUGAUCAUUUGAUGCCUGUGGGGAAGGAAACUGUGAAGUAUGAAGAGGAGCUGGACUUGCAUGAUGAAGAAGAAACUAAUGUGCCAGGAAGACCGGGUUCAACCAAACGAAGACAGUGUUACCCGAAAGCCAUACCAGAGUGUCUGCGGGGUUGUUACCCUGUACCAGAGCAGCCUUGCUAUUUGUACGUAAUUGGGAUGGGCCUCACCACCCCUCUUCCGGAUGAGCUUAACUUUCGCCGGAGAAAGCUGUACCCACCAGAAGACACCACCCGAUGCUUUGGCAUUCUCACAGCUAAACCAAUACCUCGGAUCCCUCACUUCCCCGUGUACACGCGUUCCGGUGAGGUGACCAUCUCGAUCGAGCUGAAGAAGUCCGGCUUCACCCUGAGUGCCGAGCAGCUGGAGUUGAUCACUCGCCUGCACCAGUACAUCUUCUCUCACAUCCUCCGCCUGGAAAAGCCAGCGCUGGAGUUCAAACCCACAGAGGCGGAUUCUGCCUACUGCGUUCUACCUCUCAACGUCGUUGAGGAUUCCAAUACCUUAGACCUGGAUUUCAAAUUCAUGGAAGAGAUUGAAAAGUCCGAAGCACGCAUCGGCAUUCCAAACACACAGUACACCAAGCAAAACCCAUUUGUUUUCAAAUUGGAAGACUACCAAGAUGCGGUCAUCAUUCCAAGGUAUCGUAAUUUCGACCAGCCGCAUCGCUUUUACGUGGCUGACGUUUACACAGACCUCACCCCGCUCAGUAAAUUCCCCUCCCCGGAAUAUGAGACUUUCGCUGAAUACUACAAAACUAAGUACAACCUCGACCUGUCCAAUGUUAACCAGCCGCUGUUGGAUGUGGACCACACAUCUUCAAGAUUGAAUCUUUUAACUCCCCGGCACCUUAAUCAAAAAGGGAAAGCCCUUCCUCUUAGCAGCGCAGAGAAGAGAAAGGCCAAGUGGGAAAGCCUGCAAAACAAACAGAUUUUAGUUCCGGAGCUCUGUGCCAUUCACCCUAUUCCUGCCUCGUUGUGGAGGAAAGCCGUCUGCCUUCCCAGCAUCCUCUACAGACUUCACUGCCUCCUGACGGCCGAAGAGCUGCGGUCUCAGACAGCCAUAGACGCAGGUGUAGGGGCUCAGACCCUGCCUCCUGACUUCAGGUAUCCUAAUUUGGAUUUCGGAUGGAAGAAAUCCAUCGACAGCAAGUCUUUCAUUUCCUGUCCCAGCACAUGCAUGGAAGACGACGAUCACUGUAAGCACGAUACAAGCUCAGAUUCAGACCACACUGCCCAGGAGGGCUGCAACACGGAGGCCUCCGAGCCUCCUGAAGGCGCUCUCCCCUGUAACAACUGCAACACACCAGAAGAAAAGCUAGAAAAUGUGCUCCCUGUGACUGAUCUCCAGAUGCCGAACAAAGAUGAGAGCAACUGCAACCUCCCUAAUGGCGGUCGGGGCGGCGACCACCUCCGGCACACCUGUGACAUUUGCCAGUGCUCUCAGCCAGGCUCGGAGAGUGACCUAUCGACGCAAACCACUACCUCAGCUCAAGUGCGGCUCUCUCCAGCCCGCGAGCCACAGCCCCGGCCCGGUGAUGAAUGUAACCCAGGGGUGAACUCGGAUCUCUGCGACGGACAUGUGAAAAAAACUACCUCAUACUGUUGCCCUAAACCAGAGAUGGCAACCAGCACCACAGCACCUUCUACCGUGUCAUCAGAGAUCUUGACAUAUUCAUCCGCCUGUGAGCACCCGGCUUGGGAUUCGCCGAAGACUUUGGGCCCAAACCCUGGCCUCAUCCUGCAGGCUCUGACCCUCUCCAACGCCAGCGAUGGUUUCAAUCUGGAGAGGUUGGAGAUGCUGGGCGACUCUUUUCUGAAACACGCCAUCACCACCUACCUGUUCUGCACGUAUCCUGAUGCCCAUGAGGGCCGGCUGUCAUACAUGAGAAGCAAGAAGGUCAGCAACUGUAAUCUCUAUCGUCUGGGAAAGAAAAAAGGGCUUCCCAGUCGUAUGGUGGUGUCCAUUUUUGAUCCCCCGGUAAACUGGCUGCCCCCGGGCUACGUCGUGAAUCAGGACAAAAGCAGCACGGACAAAUGGGACUCAGAUGAGAAUAAGGAUUUGGCCAACGGAAAAGUCAGCGAAGAUGAGGAGGAGGAUGAAGACGUGGAUGUCGAGCCAUUUAAGGAUGAAGUGAACGUCGAAGAUGAGCUUGAAUACUAUUCCGAGCACAUCAAGUUCAUCGAUACCAUGCUGAUGGGCUCAGGAGCCUUCGGAAAGAAAAUCUCUCUCCACCCGGCCGAUCCCGGGAAUGAGUGGAAAGCUCCCAAGAAAUCCCACAACACCCAUUUUUCCCCCGAGGGUGGCCCUGAUGAGUUCGACUACAGUUCCUGGGAUGCCAUGUGCUACCUUGACCCCAGCAAAGCGGGCGAGGAGGACGACUUCGUGGUCGGCUUCUGGAACCCCUCGGAGGAAAACUGCGGUACGGAUAUCGGGAAGCAGUCUAUAUCCUACGACCUCCACACUGAGCAGUGCAUCGCCGAUAAGAGCAUAGCUGACUGUGUGGAAGCCCUGCUGGGCUGCUACCUCACCAGCUGCGGAGAGCGGGCGGCUCAGCUGUUCCUCUGCUCCCUCGGGCUAAAGGUUCUGCCGGGGGAGCAGCAGAGUUCCGGGCGGUCGGCCGAGCUGCAGUAUGGCAGGCUUAAGAUUCCUCCCCGCUGCAUGUUCGAGCACCCGGAUGCCGAACGCACCCUCAACCACCUAAUCUCGGGCUUCGAAAACUUCGAAAAGAAGAUCAACUACACGUUCAAAAACAAGGCGUAUCUUCUGCAGGCCUUCACGCACGCUUCGUAUCAUUACAACACCAUCACAGAUUGCUAUCAGCGGUUGGAGUUUCUUGGUGAUGCAAUUUUAGACUACCUCAUAACUAAGCACCUUUAUGAAGACCCCCGGCAGCACUCCCCAGGCGUGCUGACCGACCUGCGUUCUGCGCUCGUCAACAACACCAUAUUUGCUUCCCUGGCUGUCAAGUACGAUUACCACAAGUACUUCAAAGCCGUCUCACCCGAACUGUUCCACGUGAUCGAUGAUUUUGUGCAAUUUCAGCUGGAGAAAAAUGAAAUGCAAGGAAUGGAUUCGGAGCUUCGCCGAUCGGAGGAAGACGAGGAGAAGGAGGAAGAUAUUGAGGUCCCUAAAGCAAUGGGAGACAUCUUUGAAUCGCUAGCCGGUGCAAUUUACAUGGAUAGUGCCAUGUCGCUUGAGACAGUUUGGCAAGUGUAUUAUCCAAUGAUGAGGCCACUCAUAGAAAAAUUCUCCGCUAAUGUCCCUCGGUCCCCGGUGCGUGAACUCCUGGAGAUGGAACCGGAGACGGCAAAGUUCAGUCCUGCCGAAAGAACCUACGAUGGAAAAGUACGGGUCACAGUGGAGGUGGUGGGCAAAGGCAAGUUCAAGGGCGUGGGCCGCAGCUACCGUAUAGCCAAGUCAGCGGCCGCCCGCCGAGCUCUGCGCAGCCUCAAAGCCAAUCAACCUCAGGUCCAAAACAACUGAGACAGCAGACACCCCAACACAUCAGUCAAAAAGUACAGCAGAAACCUCUCGGCACCAGUUCACGACCAAGUGAAGAAUCGUCGCUAACUGCAGCCUCGCUGGGGUUGUCAGAUUCAAUGAAUUAAUUACAUCAAAAGAUUUCUAUAUAAUUCACAUGGGGUUAAUUUUUUAUUUCCUUUACAUGCGCAAAUACAAUCUUUCUUUUUCUCCCCGGCUUCGUUGAUCACGAGUGCUUUUUAAAUGUAUUGCAAGCUAAGAAAAAGGUCAGGUUUUUUCCCUUUUUCAUCAACAUAAAAAAUAUUCAUAGCUUUGUGGUAGUGAGAUAUAUAAAUCUUAUAGAUAUAUAUAUAUAUAGUCAACUAAAUGAGAAAAAAAUGAAAUGCAAAAUUCCUCAAUCUGUGCACUAGUGCCAGUUUUCAGUUUUGGCAGAAAAGGGCACACGGAGCGAAAAAAAAAUGAUGUUGGGGUGAGUCGAGUGUUUUUCUCUGUCACGAGAAGAUAUUCUCAAACAUAAUUGCACUUACCUUCUCUAGGGUCCGUUUUAUUUCGACACUAGUUGUGAACAUUUUGGCAGAUCAAAACCAAAAUCAUUUAGCUCUAUAUAUUUUUCGGAGAGAAAGGCCCUUUCCUUAAGAUGGAUGGGAAUUUGACAUUCCUGAUUACUGUAAUCUAACGGCACUUGCGGAUGCAUGUUUGUGUAGCUAUCAUAAGCCAACUGGAUGGGUUGUAUAGACGUCAUAGAGUUACCAAUCUGCGUUACACAGUAUAUAAUGAUAUUAAAUGUUUAUUAUGACAUGCAUUGAUAUUUGGGUUUCAGUAAUGUCUUUUGAUACAGAUAUUGUUGAACAGAUAUCUCCAUUAGCUAGACUGACUGAAUUAGUUUUGAUAUAAUAAUGCGAAUGAAACACAUUAUCACCUGGCGAAAUAUGCUGCAGAUUUUAUAUUAAAAACAAGCAGAAUAGGAAUAAAUAGGAUUGGGUAAUUCUGUAAGACACAAAGCACCUUUACGUACAGUCUUCAGGACAAACCGACGUAUCGCUAGAUGAGACUUCACUUGCAUCACUUACCAAAGUCGAUACUGAUACAGUGUUGUGAGGUUGCACCUGGGAAGUCCAUCCCUCAACAUUCACGAGUUUAUAGAUGUAGUAACCAGCCUUUAUGUUAGCGUAAUGUGUUGUAGCCUUUAAAUGUUUUCAUAUUAAUAGGCAUUCUCACUUGAAUACCUCAUUUAAUUGCAUGCAUUUUUUUUUUUUUUGGUGCUAUGUUUAAGCUUGAAUUUCUCAUCUUUUUUGCACUGUAACUGUAUUACCUCUUAAUUUUACCUUUUUGAAAUCUGUUGGGUUGUUUUUCUGUUCUGUCAGCAGUCAAGCUAUAGUAUCUAGUUGGAAAAUUCAAUUUUUUUAUGCUUGAAGGGGAAAACUUUCUCCGCACAUAAGCUUGAUGUUUCCGACGAGCUUCGAAAAAAAAUGUGCAUCAAAUCAGGAGGGUUACUUAACGCUUGUGAAAAUCGAUGGAUUGCACUCUAUAUAAGCCAUGCAUCUCACCUUUAUAUCUUUACCUUUUUAUCACCUCUUCUUCACCGUUUAAGGGUGCAAAAUUUUUGUCUAGGCCAUUUUUGGAAGGCCACUUGUAUCAGCUUCACAUAAUCCCAUGCAUUGCUACCUCAAAAGACCCCUGCGGAUAGUUUGACCUUUAAUCCCAAUGUCAAAUUCUAUAUUUUGUGGAUUUGCCUUUUUUAAAUAUGAAUGGCAUUAAGGCACAGUAUUGUAUGUGCUCAUCAGCACCUUACAGGGGGAUGAAUUUAUCUAUAUACUCACGACUAUUUGCACUAAAGUACAUUCCCACUGACGUUGAAUUUGCAUCUUUUUAAUGGAUAAUGCAUCGGUGCCUUUCAAUCCUGCAACGUUUAAUAUCUCGAUUCAGUGGAACCUCGACUUUUGCUACUGUAGCAAUUCUUCGCUCUGUUUUCUAUACAGUUGGACUUUUGGUGCCAUGCUUCAUAUUGAACAUUGCCUUCAGAUUUUUUUUUUUUUUUUUGAACAUGUGGCAUAUACGUUGUUCCUGCUUUUCAGUCUCAGUACACCGUUUUGUUGGAUACAAAUUAUGUCGUAACCCAAUAGCCAGCAUUUUGAAAGUCUCUGAAGUAUGCCACUGCCGACAGCGAGUGCAAUCUUGUUCAGUUCGGCAAGAGUUAAGUGACCCUCUUUACAGGAUCUCAGUCGCGACCCCAAAAGAUUAAAAGUCGUUGAAUCUAAAUGAGUUUCCGCUUUUUCACUUACAGACCGAGUUUAGUGACUGGUAUGCGUUAGGGUUAGGUUGUGCGCCGACCCUGCAAUAUCACUGUUUCUAUAACCUUAACCCUCAGACAAUUGCAACUUUUUUAGCUUGUGUUACAAUGUGUGUUUUUUCCUAGCCCACUUUCUUUUUUGUAGCUUACUUUCAGAGAAUGUGAAAUCAUAUGGUGCCACCACCUUAAUAGAGAUUUUUAUGGGGACUUUUAUUUUGACAACAAUAAUCGAUCAUGCCAUGAGUUAGUCCUACAGAACGGAUAUUAAAUCUUUUUAGCACCUGUGGGACUGUUGACCUUAAGUGGUCCUCCAUUGUAUCAUAUGCUGCAGGUUUUGUUUUCCUUCAUGGUGGAGAAUAAUUUUGUGUUUUUCUUUUUUUUUUGAACAUGUAGCACAAAUAAGCAUUGCACUCGGGCGCCAUACUUUACCUCAUGUCAGAACUAAGUAAAAAAGAAAUACAAAACAUGUAUAUAUGAUGCCGUAACGUUUAAAGGAAAAACUUGUGGUUUUGGCCUUGCUGCUGUGUGCAUCGCUGGUAUUUACCAAUGUAUUUAAAAGAGAUCGGAGAGAUACAAUGUGCCUGCAGGAUAUCAUCAGAGAAAAUACACUGUAGAAAAGUAGUGUCGAAUCUCUACAAUCUGGGGCUAAAUAUGUGUCCUAUCUAUGUGUACAUUCAUAUUUUGCCUUAAUGUAAUACUUUGAAUAUUGAACUGUAAUGUAAUCCAUCGAGUCCUUUGACUGGCAUGAUUUAAAAUUUGUCGGGACGACAUUGUCCCCACCUCCUCUCUCACACACAUAUUAGUUACAUUAUAUGUCCACAUGUAAUAGUGCAUGUCAGUGGAAACCCCCUCAUCCCGUUUUCUUUUUUUUUUUUUAGGCUAAUACAUUGUAUAUAUCUGAUCAAAUGCCCUGAAAUUUAUUAAAAAGGGCUUUAUUUCAUAGCAAAGUGUUGUGCUUUUUUUUUAAAGAAUAAAAAAAAUUCAUGCACACUUGGCAACAGGAAGGUGAUUAUAACUGGACUGAAAUGUGUGCCAAGCUUCCCCUGCAAGGGUUUAUGAAAAUGUUGUGAGCACCAUAGAUCACAAACUGUAUGGGUAAGGAUUUGAAAAUGGGGAAUUAUGGGCCACAAACUGCAGCAGACUUUGUGUAUUGUUAGGGAUGUGUAUUUAAAUGACUAUUUCUCAUUCAUACUGUAUCAGCGCUGCAGUGGUUUGCAUUCUGCACCUUACGGAUCACAAGAAAAAAACUUUACAAUUCUGUCCCUCCCCUUUUUUCCCUUUUUUAAGUAAUUGUAGCGGAGUAUAUCUACAAUAAAGUUAUGGUAUGGUCAUUCA